AUUAACACUGAAAUGAUGGGUUGACAGCCAGUCCUUUUUCUCUGUGCAACUUGGAAACAUUUAUGGUGGAUUUUUUAGGCAUGCUUUGCAACAGUGUCCAGAGUUCUUUCUUGUAAUCUUUGAUAAAUAAAAUGUCAGUAUUGCUAAGCAACAAGUCUUCUCUCAGUCAGGCUAAUCCUGAGGAGGAUUUUAUUGUCAAGUCUUAUAAGCCGCAGGCCUGCCGAAUAUAUGCAAGAUUAAGUGAAAAGGAGAAUCAAGAGAUUGCCAUAAAUCAGCUGAAGGAGGUAACUGGAGUAAAAGAUGAGGGAACUGUAAAGCAAGCGUAUGAAGCCAGUGGGGGAGAUGUCAACCAGGCCAUAGCAAUUCUCACAGAGGCUGAUAAAGUUGAAACACCAGCCGCUAACGUUGCGACCAACACAGCCUUCAUUGGACCAAGGAAUAUCAAUGAUAAAUCUACUGGUGUGAUUGACUUAACAAAUGAGAAAGAAAAUCAGAAUGACCUUCAGAGGGCGAUUGCUCUCAGCCUACAGGACUCUGGUACCCGCCCACCAACAGCACUUCAGGGCAUGUCCACAGAGGACCAGGAUCUAAGCAGGGCACUAGAAGAAAGCCUUGCAGAAUCGGUACGGACAGGAAGUAAAAGGCGUCGUGGAGAUGGAAGCUGGUUUCUAGAUCCACUUAAUCCAUAUGAUAGACGACGAGAAAAUGGCUGGCCAGUCGGUCUGAAGAAUGUGGGCAAUACGUGUUGGUUUAGUGCUGUAAUACAGUCAUUAUUCCAUCUACCUGUGUUUAGAAGACUUGUUCUUGGCUUUGUUCCACCGGCCAAUGCAACGAAAAUGUCAGCAGAACAUAGUGCUGAGCAACGCAAUUUGGCAUUUAUGGCAGAGCUGAGGGCGCUCUUUGCAUUGAUGAUUGGGACAAACAGGAAGUAUGUUGACCCUACAAAAUCUGUCCAGAUCUUGAAGGCAGCUUUCAACAACGAUGGCGACAGUCAACAGGAUGUGAGUGAAUUUACCCAUAAACUUCUAGAAUGGUUGGAGGAAACGUUUAAAUCUGACUGCUCUAGACCACCGACACCAAAAGAAGGUGAAGAGAGUCAAUGGACGAACCCAAUGCUUCAUCUGUUUUAUGGACAAUUUAUGUCUCUUGGUGUAAAUGAAGGAAAGGUUUUCAAAAAUAAAGAAACCUUUGGUCAGUAUCCCCUCCAUGUGAAGGACUUUGUAGAACUUCAUGAUAGCAUUGAAGCUUCAACUGCCCACGGGGAAAUAGAGAACGUUAACAGUGAUACUUCAGCCAAAUCAGGACAGGAGCACUGGUUCACAAGACUCCCUCAGGUGUUGACAUUUGAACUUUCACGGUUUCAUUUCAAUCAACAACUUGGUAAAGCUGAAAAGAUUCAUAAUCGAUGUAAUUUUGCAAGGACCCUUUACAUGGACAGAUACAUGGCGUGUAAUAUAGAGAAAACUAAAAAGAAGCGUGAAGAUGUUCGUAAAAUGAAGCAACAAGUGGCAGAGCUUCAAAGCCAUUUAGAAAGGUAUAUGAAUUACGGUUCAGGUGCCAAGCGAUUUCCAUUGCAGGAUGUAUUACAAUAUGCUUUGGAGUUUGCAAAUAGUAAGCCAAUACCGCCAUGGUUUAAUGGUGAUGGCGACUCACCACGCAAGCAAGGGGUCCGUACAACUCGUCAUAACUCAGCGAAUCAAGGGACCAAGAGAAACUGUGUCGACUACCCUCCAGAUAUCGAAAUGGCUGGAAAUGCUCUAGAUUUAGAGAAGAUUAGCAAAGAAGAGACAGUCACCACUCAACCGUCUUUUAAUCAAGUUGAAAGUUCCUUAAAUAAUGGUGGGAAGAAUGUGUCCAACUGCUGCCCCCAAGAUGUAGAAAUGCUUUCACCAGAUACAUCUCGGGAAAGCACACCAACAAAGCCAACAGGGGAUAAUGCAAUAAAAAUGAAACAAGACACUACCCUAAUGGAAGUAGAACAACCUAACACAGUAUCACCUGUUCCUAAACAUGUUACGGAGGAUGAGUUGAACACACUUCAGAGUUGUCUAUGCCGGUGGAGGAGGGAGGUGAUGACGGAUGUUGAAGAGUUACAAAAGUGUAUCAACACAUUAAAGGAUGACAUAGAAUCUAUUUAUGAUGAUGAUGAUAUGAAACAGUAUAAAUACAGUCUACACGCAGUGCUGGUACACGAAGGUCAGGCAAGUUCAGGGCACUACUGGGCAUACGUGCUCAAUCAUGCACGAAACGUUUGGCUUAAGUUUAAUGAUGUGUCCGUCACCGAGGUUACGUGGGAGGAACUUCAGCAGGAAUCUGUCGGUGGGGACAGCAACACCAGUGCUUAUUGCUUGAUAUAUGUAGAUGACAGCAAACAUGAAUUAUUUGAAGAAACAAAUGAUGAAAUGAAUAGAGGCCUUAACUCCCUUAGCGAAGACCUUCAAGAACUCGUGCUUCAAGACAACAAAGAAUUUGAACGUGAAAUGGAGUCUUGGGACCAAAAAAAUCUAAAAAAUCAUAAAGAAGCAUCAACAGAAACUAGUGAAGAUGAUAUUGUUAUUAAGGAUAAAAUGCAAACUGGAGGUGACUUAACUAUACCACAUCCAACCCCAGCCUCUCCUGCCCCCACCUUUACUACAGAACACUCAAAGAUGCAGCUAUCAGCCAGUAAGGAGGUCAUCACAAGAAUGACAGAAACAUUUAACAAAGAAGGCCCUCAGGCUGCUCUUAAACAGUCCUGCGAAGAUGAGUUAAUAAGACUGAAGAAAUUAGCAAGCCAGCCUGAUGACAACAUUAAAGAUGUUAGAUUAGAGAGUGCUGUCGUCUACUUCCUCAAGAAUUCUGCACCAGAUUUUGUUAUCCAACGAGCUUUAUUGGAGCAAUUCGCAGAUAAGCAACUCAAUUUUGAUAACCGGUCUAAAGCCGUUCGCAAACUAGCUCAACGAUCCUUAGAUUGCCAGACGCUGUCGAAGGAAGAGGAUGAAGUCUACAAGAAGUGGCAUUUGGAUUAUAAAACAUUCCGAAAGGCAGUUUUAUAUUUAAUGGCAGGCUGCCAGAAAUACUGUAAGGAAAGUUAUCAAGAGGCUUUACCAUAUUUUGUAUAUGCAUUCAAGACAAAUGAUGUAUUUGACGGAGAGUUUAAAAUGAAACGCCUGGACCCUAGUAUGCUGGCCUUAUUCAGGAGACAGUGUUUAUUGUAUAUAAAUGAGCAAUGCAGUCAAAUGUUUGAGUCUGGAGAGGAAGUUGAGGCGAUGAAUGGAUUACAAGUGGUGAUUGACCUCAUUGUCCCAGGUGUGGUCAUCUUGAAUGAGUCACAGCUACCAGAAGACACUCACGCAGAGGAAGACAUCAGAGAACGAUGGUGUAACCACCUAGCACAAGAAUUGAGUGACCGUCUGAGGGAAAAACUGACAGACAUUUUAGGAAGACUAGUUGAUGUUUUAGGGGCAAACUCAACAAUAAAAGCGCCCCCUCUCACAGAGAACGAUGCCAAUGAGAACUUACUUGAACAAUUUACAAAUAUUCAGCAGCAAAUUCUAGCAAUCAAAAAGGAUUCAGAUUCAUAGCGAAAGAAACAUUCCACAAGGAUGUCAAUGCAAUGAAUAAACAGUGUUGUAAUAUAGUAUGAGUUGAGAUGGAGGGGGAGGAGGGGGUGGUGGUUAGUUGGUUGUGCGUCAGAAUCACCGAAUGCCUCAGAGUGCAUGAGUACAGGUUAUAACUUAACGACAGUUGACUGUCAUGGAGGUGAAUCAACUAGUGAGUGUGUGAAUAAACAGUGUUGUUUUAUAGUAUGAGUUGAGAGGGAGGGAGGGGGUGGUGCUUAGUUGGUUGUGCUUCAGUAACACCGAGUACCACAGAGUGCAUGAGGGCAGUGGUGUUUCAGUGGUCAGUUCCUUGUUUUAACCUAGUGACAGUUGACUGUUGUAAGGUGAAUCAAGGUGCAAGUGUGUGAGACAUUGAAGACAGUUGUGUAUUUGGGUACCUGACUUAGGUGCAUCCAGCUGGUGCUUUGGUAACACUUAAGAUAGUGGUAUGGUUAAGUGGUGAUGUGUUUCACUUAUAUACCAAAUAUUAGUAUGCAUUGGUUCCAAUGAUGAUACGGCCUACCCAGAAUAUUGUUAGGUAUGCAAGAAUAUUGUAUCACCAAUUAAGGUCAGGGGUCAGGUUUAUCAAAGUUGCUUAUGCCCUGUACAGACUACUAAAUUGUAUUAUGUGACAUGCCUAAAUAUGGUCAUGAUAACAUCACAUCAUGACCAUAUAUAGGCACUUCAUGACUAUAUAUGGGCGUACAACAGUUUUUAGUGUGAUAGUGUGUGACAGAGCUUUAAGUUGAUAAUCAUUCUUAGCCAAAAAUAAUUGGCUUGAUAUCCGUCUAAAUAUUAAAAUGAGAAAAUUCCUUGCUUAAGCUGAUAAAAUUAGCUUUAUUAUUGUUGGGUUUUUAUUAGCAAGUGUGUUAGAAACACAUCAAGAAAAGAUUACUUGAGCAGUUCUUGCAAUAAGCUUUAGAUUUUGACUAGUGUGAACACAGUAUAUUUAAUUCAAUCCAUUACCUUAAAGGUAAAUAUGAGAGGUAUUGCUUCUGAUAAAUUUAUUUCAAUUCUAGAAAAUCUUAAUCGCAAUAAAUUAAGUAAUGGGGAAGAUAUAGAGUAUUCUUACUAUAUCAUCCUCAUUAUUAAAAAAAAAAUGAAGGAAGUGUGUGCAAAACUAUCAGGGAGCUACCUAGAUAGUGCAACUCAUUUGGAAGUACAUGCAUAAUAUCUUUUUGUUUUAGGGCUAAAGUUUUUUCUUUGAUGCCUAUAAAUAUAGCUUUUAGUCUUGUGUAAAAAAAAGCAAGAUGAAUUCUACACUCAGACUAUGCUAAGAAGGUUUGAUAAAAGCAAGCUGAAUUCUACACUCAGACUAUGCUAAGAAGGUUUGAUGAAUAUGGUAGCUUUCCUAGGCCCACCAUGACUACUUGAUGAUGUUUUGUAAACUGAGUUUGAUAAAUCCCAGCUCAGGUCUUCUAUGAGCAACUUUCACAGUCCAAUAACGUACAGUAGAACAAACAUGCAUUUUGUAUUCCAUGUGAACUCGAUACGAUUUUAAAAAUAUUUAAUUAAAAUCUCCCUUAACAAGGGUGAAACUAAGUCAUUGUGCACGAUGCUUUAUGUUGCUUACCAUGGAAAAUCUUCAUAGUAACGAGCUUGAACAAAUUGUUAAUCUUAUUGCUGAUAACGCACAAUCUUAAGACUUCAUAAUAUUGUAAUUUGUAUUCAAAACAUUGUUAAUAGAUUUUUUCCCUAUCAUUGUUUACUAGGUGCCUUGUGCAAUAUGACCAUUAAUUACAUAACAUUACCCUUUGUGGGUUCAAGGUUGGGAGGGUUACAAUGUUAUACCUCUGUGUCAUAGUUUCUAGUUCUAUUACUGAAAUAUAUUUGAAACUUCAGUCUUGCCCUUGUGUCACACAGUUUAAAAAUUUUGAAUUUUCAACUGGAUUAUGGUUUCAAAUAAAGAAUUCAAAAUAUUUA